AUGGGGCUUGUGCGGAUUAUGGUGCUGCCAAUUGCGUGCUGCCAAUUGGUUUUAUUGACAAUAUUCAUACUGGUGGGAAGUGCUGUCCAAGUAGCUGAUCCAGACCCCCUCCAGGAUUUUUGUAUCGCAGAUCUUAAUCACAAACCUGGACAUGGGGCGUUUUUGAAUAGUUACCCGUUCAAGGAUCCGGCAACAGCCAAGGAAGAAGACUUCAUCUUCAAGGGCCUGAAGGAUGCCACCAUCAUUAGAGCUGAAAAUCCUUGGGGCGCAUCGGUGAAUCUCGCCUUCGCCCCCGGAGAGCUGUACAUUGGAUUCGUGGCCAACAGUGACGACGUUAGCGCUUCCAACAAGCUGUUCGCUGGGAUGGUGAAGGCUGAAGAGGCGUUCGUUAUCCCCAGAGGCCUGGUGCAUUUCCAGAUGAACAAAGGAACGAUCAAUGCUUCGACAAUCAACUUCCUCAACUCUCACAAUCCGGGAAUCUCAUUUCUCCCUCUCACUCUGUUUGCAGCCCAGCCAGCUGUGGAUCCAGCCAUGCUGGCGAGAUCUUUCGCAGUCAAUCAAACCGCAGUGUCUGCUCUGGAGGGUUUUUGGUCGCAAUUCAGCAAUGUGUUUUUGUAA